UAAGCCAUCAACCUCUGAAAAAAACACACCUACAUUGCAAUAUAUUGUCAGUUGGGUGUACCCUUUGCUUAUUUGUGAGUGGUGAAUAUAAUUAAUUCGAAUUAAAAAUGGGACAAAUGAAACCAAUCUGGUUUUAUCUUGCUGUGGCACUUGUCAUUCUCAGUACUCUGACACAUGAAGUCGACGCUAGAAGAAAAAUACUUCGAGGUAGACGCGUGAUGACGCGAACAUACUAUCAUGGAACUGCUGUACCCGCAUGGGCUAUAAGUUUGAUGGCAGGAAUUGGAAUGUUAGUUAUUGGAGGCGUAUUGUAUGGAAUCAUGAGGAAACUUGUUCUUGCAUCUGAAACUGGUUCCCUUAACACAUACCAACCAACGUUGCAAAACGAUAACAGUGUUUAAAAAUAUUUCAUAAAUAUCUUUAUUUUACUAUUUUGUUUGUAUUUUGUGUUAAGAAAUAAAAAUUAAUAUUCAAAGUUA